AGCAUGACGCCGCCUGUGGUGGCUCAUUACAUUAUCUGGCAACCGGAGUGGCAGCGGACAGAAGAGAGGGGAUCCCCGGGAUUUUUACACCGAAGCCAGCAAAAAUACCAACAUCAAACAUCUGAAAAUCGCGGGGGGAACUCGGUUAAGCUCCUCCUAGACUUCGGUGAGAGCAGCCAUGUCAGAGGAGGCCGUGCGUCAAACGCGCAGCCAGAAGCGGGCUCUGGAGAGGGAUCCUACUCCUACUGCUGAGUCCCCUGAGGACAUGGACGGCAAAAGGGUGAAGCUGGAGAGGGGAGAUGCAGCCAUAGAUCCCCUGGCCCUGGUGGGAUCUGGAGCUGAGGGUGUCACGCUAAAGAGUGAACAGGCUGCAAAGGUAGCAGCCAGCAUCCUAAAGGCUGGAGAAGUGAAGGCCACCAUCAAGGUGGAGGUGCAGACUGGAGACGAGCCCGUUGACAUGAGCACAUCCAAAAGUGACAUAAAGAGCGAGCGGCAGCCCCCGUCACCAGAUGAUGUGAUUGUGCUAUCAGACAACGAGCCAUCCAGUCCUCUCAUGAACGGCCACUGCUUCACCAAGACUGACACAGAUAAGCUUAUGAAGAGUUCUCCUGAGGAGAGGGAGUGCAUCAUCAAACAGCUGAAGGAAGAACUGAGACUCCAAGAGGCCAAACUGGUGCUGCUCAAGAAGCUACGACAGAGUCAGAUCCAGAAGGAGAGCACUGUGCAGAAGUCGACUGCCUCAGUAGCUACUCCUCCUCCUUUGGUCAGAGGAAGCAUCACAUCAAGCAAAGGACCCCUCCAGGUGACCGGUCGUAGCUCAGGCACGGUGAUCCCUCCUCCGCUAGUGAGGGGUGGGCAACAUGUCCCGUCCAAACACAACUCUCAGAUUGUCAUGCCACCUCUGGUCAGAGGAGCCCAGCCUAUUGCAGUUACUCCUCAACAGAUUGCCAGUCUACGUCAGCAGCAGCAGCACCACAGCGGUUCUGGCCCUCCUCCGCUCUUGCUCGCGCCCAGGGCUUCUGUGCCCAAUGUCCAGGUCCAGGGCCAGAGGAUCAUUCAGCAGGGACUCAUUCGGGUGGCUAACGUGGCCAACAGCAAUGUCAUGGUCAACAUCUCACAGGCCUCUCCAACCGGCCUUAAGGGCUCUUCAGCGUCACCUAACUCGGGCAUCAAUGACUCUCCAGCCAGCCGGCAGGCGGCUGCCAAGCUUGCACUGCGUAAGCAGUUGGAGAAAACGCUACUAGAGAUUCCUCCACCCAAACCUCCUGCCCCAGAGUUCAACUUCCUGCCUUCAGCAGCCAAUAACGAGUUCAUUUACCUGUUGGGGUUGGAAGAGGUGGUGCAAAAACUUCUGGAGAUGCACGGCAGGGGCAACCUGGGCCCAGCUGCUGCAAUGGCCAGCUCCAUUCCCAAAGAGCCGCACACCUGUGCCCAGUGUAAGACAGACUUUACCUCCCGCUGGAGAAAAGAGAAAGCUGGGACCAUCCUCUGUGACCAAUGCAUGUCAUCCAAUCAGAAGAAGGCCUUAAAGGCUGAGCACACCAGUCGCCUGAAGGCAGCCUUUGUCAAGGCACUUCAACAGGAGCAGGAGAUUGAACAGCGUAUCCUCCAGCAGGCAGCCUCCUCUUCCUCCUCUGUCUCUAAAACCACCUCCUCUCCCUCACUGUCCAAGAGUGAGGUGCUGGUUUCCCAGCAGUACAAGCAGGUCAGGGCUGCCAUGCAGCACAGAUCUGUGGUUGGCCACCACUCCACCAUGAAGCAGAGUCAGCAGUUGCACAACCUCCAGUCCGCAGUGAGGUCUCGUGGUGUGGUCCACUCAUUCACCUCCUCUCAGCUGCAGAGCUCGGUGAGCGCAGCGCUGGGCAGCAGGGCAGGUAAGCAUGCCGCGGCACGCCCGCUGCAGCAGGGGGCAAAGGUCAGCGCCGGCAGCAGCAGUAACCAGGGCAACGUGGCUGCCUGGAGGAAGCAGACCGGUGGCAACACAGGUGUGUCUAUGGCCUAUGUGAACCCCAGCCUGUCUGCCCAUAAGACCACAUCUGCUGUGGAGCGUCAGCGAGAGUACCUGCUGGACAUGAUUCCCUCCCGUUCUAUCUCCCAAGCAGCCAACACAUGGAAAUAAUGCAAUCUUUUUUUUUCCGACACCAUAACUAUUAUCCCUUUUAAUAUCAAUAACAGCCAUUCUCAUUAUCAUUCUAAUCCUUUCUAUGGACUUCAAUACCUCUGGCCUAAAUGGUGCAGGGGAUAAUCUGCCUCUUUUUUGUGAGAUGGAGUUGUUCCUCCAUCUCCUCCUCCGAUCUUUCUGCUACCAUCUUCCAUUCACGAGUCCUGCAGCCCAAAAUUUGGAGUCGUGCUGCGACAGCUUGGGAUUCUGGGAUACAAGGAGAUAUAGAAUUUGGGUACCUCUCUGAGGGCUGGACUAAUCACAGGCGUGUACAAUUUUCCAACCCUCUCCAGUGAUGUUGCCUCCCGCUUCCUGUAUAUUGGUUGACCCUCUCAUUUGUACCAAGAGGGAGUUGCCACACAAUCCCUGAGCGGCCCUGCCUCUGGAUUAGGCAAGGGAAGAAUAAUAUUCGCUAUUAUCACAAUAGAAUAUUCGCCUUACGUCCUGCCCCUCAGAAGUCUGAGCCAGUCAGACUCAGGCCCACGUGGUGGCCGAACUGAACUGACCUCAUCACAGGGAUUGUGGUUGAGCUUCAAGGACCAUCCACAGAAUAACUGAUUCAGCUUUGCAAAAAUGAAUUAAAAAAAUACAAAAAGGACUGUAAAAAAUAAUCUCUAUCUGCGCACAGACUGCCUCUUCUCUCUAACCUACCGUGUAUAGUGGAGAAGUGGAUGCGUGUUGGAUUAUUUUGUAUGGCUGAAUGUUAGGAUUUUUGUCUUUUCUUCUGUAAGUCAUAUACUGUGUUUGGAAUAUUGAAUAUUGUGCUCCCUGAUACUUUGGAAGUGGCCUCUUGUUGAGGUCUGAAUUUACAGGCUAAUGUUACUGUAGAGGUGGUUUUACAUCUGCUGGGUUCCAUGUUGUGGCCUACUUUUAAAUACUUUGUCUAAGAUGAAGAGGAAGAUUAAGGUUUCACUGACUCAUGUAGAAACACGGAGCAUAUGUUUGGAGGACUAUUCUUCUUGAAUAUUGUAAAAAAAAAAAAGAAAAGAAAGAGAAAAAAAAAGAAAAACCUUCCAAAGAACUAGUGGAGCCCAAAUGGAAUCCCUUCUGCUAGAAGGUUUCUAGUUUAUUCCAACCCUCUCUGGAUAUAAACAUGAAUUCAUGCUAAACUGAGGGGGGUGUAAGGAAUGUCGUAUUUUUUGACAUUGUUUUGCUUUUAGUCAUAGGUUGUGGUGCAUUAUUUUUCUUCUAUAGACAAACUGUCUCUGGGUUUAUUUAUAGGGUCAUCUUAGUAAACAUAUGCUAAUGCCCUAAGUUUGAAUGGAUCUCCACAUGAAAUGAUUUGUUUUUUCUGUGUCCAGUGGCUCCCACUCACCCUGCGAUUGGUUCAAGAGAAGCUGGACAGCUUUCAGAAUGUAGUUAUGCAAAAACCCCUAUAGCAACGAACGACGUGAAACUUCUUAGUCUUUAACAUUAAGGUGUGUAUGAUAUAUGUCAGGUCCUUGAAUUGUGCUAACUAUGCCUUUCAUACGAGCUAUAGUGCAUUUUUUUUACCAGGUUGCAGCAGCACAGGAUAAGCUAGUGAUGUACAAUAUUUCCCACAUUGCUCAUGGAGUUCAUAUGCCGCCGUCUGUGAUUUCAUCUAAUGGGGUGGUCCUGUUUCUGUAACACUCAUGCCCAGAAAAGGCGUAAGACAUUUAUGUGCUCUAUUGGAAAGUGUCAUUAAAUUAAAAAUAGAAAGUAAAAUAUUGAUAUAUUUAAUUUAAGCAGUGGAAAAAUGUUAAAAGCACUAUGUUGAAAACCCAACUGAGAAGCAGCUGACCACCCCUCCCAGCAGUUAUUUCCCUUCCUUACCACGUUGAAACAAUGGUCAUUAUUAUCUCAUCACUGUGUAAUUACAGACCUGGAGUCUUGCUGCCCUGUUAUCUCAGUCUUGAUCUCCAUGACGCGAUGGCCCUAAUGUGACAUUGUGAGGAUCUGUGUCCUGUAUCCGGAGUGCACUCAUUAGCUCGAUGAUCAUCGAAGAAAGCUGGUGGUCAAUGGGCAUCGGUUGACGUUUACACCCCUCUGUGCUCGGGGAUCAUCGCUGCACACAUGGGUUUCAUUUAGGAUGGUGCAAACACAAAAAACUGUGCGUUGCUGGUGGAAAUCCCAGCGUACAAAGUUGAAUUUGAAUUGGUUUUUAAAAGUAGCAUUGGAAAUCUUCCAGGUUGUCUGUACAUUCCUGACAGGCAGAAGGUAGCAGCCCGCGUCCUCUGGAUGCAAACUGGUAUGAGCCCGUCAAUUUGUGCCCUCUCUAAGUGUUACCCUGUGCUGUCCCGACUACUGCCUGUUGCUGCUGCUGCUGUUUGACGACAAUAUCACCAUUCCGUAUGUUUGGGUCAAAAUGCUGCUGAAAAGGCAGUAGAGAGCCCAAAUGGAAAAGAAAACAAAAUGUAUGAGAAUUUUUUUUUCUUCUGCUCUAUCAAAUAAUAAUAAAACUAAUUUUAACCCCUCGUCAA